AUGGCGCCGGCCGAUGUGCUCGCUGCCUCGACUGCGGCCCAGGCGGCGUGCGGAGCGGCUGUGGCAGUGAUGGAUCUCGGGGCUGGCGACGCUGCUGGCGGCGGUGGCGCGCGGCGCGGCCCGUGGCAUCCCUGCGCAGGACGCCGGUGCGGGCGCCUCGGCCCUCGAGGGAGGUACCAGGAGGCCGUCGGCCUGGUCCGGGAGGGGCUGGGCGGCGCCCGCACGGUCCGCAACGCCAGGGAGAAGCGGCAGGAGAUCGGGCAUCCCAGCAAGGCGCGCAAGUGGAGCGCGCACCCGGGCGCGCGUAUCUUCGUGCGCGACGUGGCGAAGACGGUGAAGAACGGCUCCGCGAGCGGUUGCGAGUCCCAGUCGACCGUGGAGGCGGAUUUGUCGGAGAAGACCGAGCUCAUGGACACGGCGGCCGAGCAGUCGGAAAAAGCCGACGACUGCUCGAAGGAGGCGUCCGUGGGUAAGUUCUUGGAGCGCGAGCUGGCCGACAAGGCUUUCUCGUUGAAGCCAGUGGCGCUGCAGGAGGGAAAAAUUAUCAAGGCGGACAUCAAACUCUACCCAGAAUGCAAGGCCAACCAGGUGGUAGAGGAUUUGGUGCCGGACAUGCUUGAAAGUGACGUGCUGGUCCUGAAUAAUUCUCGUCUCCACAAAUCAGGGAAGACCACGAACGGCUCCGAACAGAUGGGGGCUCCCACGAAGAAGGACUUCAAAGGCGACCCUCGCUGCAAGGCCACCGACGAGGUGGAGGAGACGGUCUCGGCCAUCAGCGUCGGAGACGAACUGGCCCUGGUGAGCGCUGGGUUCCACAUGGAGACCACUAGCGACCCCAAGGUAGCCGUGCUGCAGGAGAAGGCGGAGUUCGACUGCGAGGUUUUCCUGGCCCAGAUGUUCAUGGACAAGGGGAGCGAGGGGGGCGUGUACAUGGGCGACGUGGUCACCACGCUGGAGCGCGACGGCGUCGAGCUCGAAUUGGCGGCCAGCUUCAUGGCCUCCGAGCGCUUCCACGAUUUUCACGGCGUGGUCGGCGAGUGGACGUUCCGCGCGCUGAGGUGA